AUGGCUCCCUUCUUGCCCUUCUCCUGCUGCACCUUAGCCCCGUGGGUCUGUACACUGCUGUUACCGACACCAAACGACUCCUUGCUCUUUGUGUGGUUAAACGCUGUGGCCCCGAAAGCCGAGGGGUCCUCCGGCAACACCGUCCCCAUCAUCUCCCUCAUCCCCAUCCUGGCGGCUGCUCUACUGGCCGAGGGGCUCCUGCUGCUGCAUCUCCAUCACGUCGGCCUGGCCUGGGGGGUUGUACAUUUAGUUGUGAAGUUAGGGAAGGAUACAAGCUACAUGAUGUAUUGCAUGAAAGGGAAGUUUCAAACGGCAAUUGGGAGUAGCAACUGGCCAGAGAGAGAGCAAAAAGGAACGCUAGACCCAGACCCCAGUCGGAUCGGGAAGGGCAAGAGAUCACACGGGGUGGAAGACGAGCCCGGGACAGACCCCCUAACCCCCUGGCUAGACGAUCAAGACGCUGGCACGUGGUGUGACCCGGAAGAAGACGCACUGUUGAUGCUCUUUAAGAAAGUGCCUGUCACCAACACUUUUCCGCCCGAUGUCGCGUUGCCUGCACCACCCGAGACAGACCUAUUGCGCGCAGCAGAACAGCUGAACCGGGCAUGGCUCGGUAUCAUCGCGGCAACACAGGCUGGGCCCUCGGGCACACCGCUGACGCCAGAAGUGACAUUCGAACAGGAAGUCAGGAAGUACGAAACACAGCUCGAAACCCAGCCGAGUUCCAGCCAGGUCUCCCGCGAGCAUGCAGCCCGUUAUGGCGCCGCUACUUCGAACUCCAUAACGGGACACAAUCACUAA